AACAGAAAAAAAAAGAGGAUUUCGAAAAAUUUCGACAGUUCCUGUCCUCGUUGUCGUGGUUGGAGACGAGUGAGGGCGAGUGGGCGGACGGCCGCAUGGGGACGACGAUCUCGCCUACGUCGCUUCUCCUCUGCAACUCAUUCAAGGGACUCCCGGUCACUCCCCGUUCCUCGUUUCAGGCGAGGAACCGCUGCCCCAGGCUCCCAGGGACGGUACGAGCUUCCUGGCAAGAGGUUGCCGGUGUUAUAGUUUUCUCCGCGUUUCCGUUCACCGUCGUGAAGGCGAUCGCUAAUAGCUCUCUGGGAGCUGCCCUCCAGGAGAGGAUGCAGGCGACUAAAGCGGCUGAUGUGGCGAAUUACUCUAAGAAGAGAGCCUUAGCAGAGAGGGUUCGGGCAGAGAGUUUCUGGUAUGGUGAAGAGCGUCCCCGUUGGCUUGGUCCACUCUUGUAUGAUUAUCCUCGGUAUCUGACUGGAGAACUGCCAGGUGAUUAUGGCUUUGACAUUGCAGGACUAAGUAAGGAACAGGUGGCUUUGGAGAAAUAUUUCAACUUUGAAGUACUCCAUGCACGUUGGGCUAUGCUUGCAUCUCUUGGAGUUUUGAUUCCAGAGCUGCUAGACCAUUUUGGUCUUGUCCACUUUGUAGAGCCUGUUUGGUGGAAAGUUGGCUAUGCAAAGCUCAAGGGGGACACUCUAGACUACCUUGGGAUUCCUGGCCUGCAUAUAGCUGGAGGUCAAGGAAUCAUCAUUAUUGCCAUAUGUCAAGCUCUUCUUAUGGUUGGGCCUGAGUAUGCAAGGUAUUGUGGCAUAGAAGCUCUGGAACCUCUAGGCAUCUAUCUACCAGGGGAUAUCAAUUAUCCAGGUGGGGUUCUUUUUGAUCCGCUGGGCCUCUCUGAGAAUCCUACGAAUUUCGAGGAAUUAAAGGUGAAGGAGAUUAAAAAUGGACGCCUAGCAAUGGUUGCAUGGCUCGGAUUUUUUCUUCAAGCAGCCGUUACAGGUAAAGGGCCAGUUGAAAACCUUCUGGACCACCUCUCUGAUCCUCUUCACAACAACUUGUUUUCCUUAAUCAACCGUUAGAAGCGAAAACGAAAAAUUUGUUCAUGUACAUUGGAACUCUACCUAUACAUGUUUUUCUCUGUAUACUACAAUGAUUAACCAUACCAUCAGUCAUAGUAGAAACUAUCUUCUCUGUUGUGCUUGUUUGUCUUAGAGACAAUUGCUACCUUGUCUAGAUUGUAGCAUGAAUGACACUAAUUUCACACAUGAUGUAAAUUGUAUAUUGAAUCUGAAUAUAAAGGAAGGAUCAUCUACUGUCAGUACA